CACACACAAACGUCGCGGUCUCUCGUCUCCCUAAAGCUGCAAGCCUUGGCUGUUCCCCGGUCAUACUGUAACAUUAGAAGAGCUAGGCUAGCCGAUCGAUGAGCGCUCUGCUCAUAGCUUCGCUUCUCUGAUCCGAUCGAUGCCACGGUAGCGGUCAAUUGGACCAGCCUUUGGUUUCAGUACCUUGUCUCUCCCUUUGCUCCUUUUUCUUUUUCUGAGCUUGCUUGCAGUGCCUUUCAUGCUCUUGUCACAUACUUGCACAAGCCUCCUAGAUAGCUUUCCCUUUGAGCUGCUGAGAGAGAUGCGAUGCCACUAGCCCUUGCCGUAUAAAACCUGGCGUGCGUAGGCUGCCCCGGUGAUACGACGCGCACACUAUAUUGGGCUCGGAGCAGGCGUCCGGCCGACGAUGAGGAGGAAGGGGAGCGAGUGCAGCACAAGGAUCAGCCCGGCUGAGGUCGGCAGCGCCACGCCCAUGAUCCCCCUGGCGUCAAGAUCCGGCCGGCGGGCGGCGCCGGACCGGGAGCGGCCGCGGCAAGGGCGAGGCGCGUGCGGCACUCGCCUGCUGCGGAGCGCCCGGUGGACGGCCGCGCGGUUCUACCGGCGAGCGAGGGUGAGCAUCGUCAGGGCGUUCCGGUCGGCGUCGACGACGACAAGGAAAACAGCUGCUGCUGCUGCUAGUGUUGCGUCCCCGGACUGCACGCCGGCGAGGCAUAGCAGUAGGCGGCAGCAGCCCGCGGCGGCGCCACCGGUGGUCGUCGACGACUCGCAUAAGAGCGAAGCGGUGGAGGAGUGCAUCAGGUUCAUGAACUCGUCGUCGAGGAAGUACCGGUAGAUCAUCAGUGUAGGGGGAUUGUGCGCGCGCGGAUGCUAAGCGUCUUUUCCUGUAUUUGUUCUCUUUUGUUGGCCUUUCAUCUAUGUGCGCAUCUGAUCAAACCUUGUACUUGAUAAACAUACCGGUUGCUCCUUUGACAGAUCAUUGUGUGUCUUGAAAUCUCUCGCUGGUGCUUUCAGUUUCAAGAUCUGGCAA